AUGGAUGAUUACGAAUAUAUUACGAGACACGACUACGACGAUCAGAGCGUAAACUCCAACUUGGACUAUCGUAAUUCCGUUGUGCAUGGAAUCGCCACUCUAUUUCGAAGUAAGGCUAGAGUGUCGGCGCUUCAUCCAGAGAGUGAGUUCGAUCCGAAAGACAACCUUGGCGAUGACUAUCUUAACGAAUGUGAUGCUGUGCUCGAUAAAUUCUUAAGUUGGAAUGAACACGAGCAACUUGAUAUAAUGGAAAGGAUUCUCAAUAAAAUGACCCACAAUCAGCUCUUUGUUAUGCAGAGAUUUAUUCAGCCGAUGUUGCAACGCGAUUUUAUCGCUUUGUUACCACAACACCUGGCAGAGAUGAUUCUAUCGAAUUUGGAUGCUCGUGCAUUGGCUGCUUGUGAGGCCGUAAGUACUGUAUGGCGAAGUGUGUUAGCGAUAGGUCAGCUUUGGCGGAAGUUAAUAGAACGGAACGUUCGGAAAGAUAACAUGUGGCGUGGAUUGAGUGAAAAGAACAAGUGGAGGAAAUAUAUCCUUGUAAGCCGAGAUUCUGCUGCUUGUGCCAUUUGUGACUACUACCAUGUGCCGUAUGAAAAGUUGCGCGGCUCUUCUGAAAUGUGCAUGUUGCAGCACCGAUUUUACAGAGAGCUCUUUCCCAAGGUUGUGGUCGAUAUUGCUAAAAUCGAAGCUAACUGGCGUAAUGGAUUUUAUAAACUGAGUAGCAUCAACUGUCGUUCAGAGAACAGCAAAGGAGUGUACUGUCUGCAGUACGACGACGAGAAGAUUGUAUCCGGACUUCGUGACAAUGUUAUCAAGGUGUGGAAUCGUUCUGACUUGAGCUGCGAGCGGGUAUUGUCUGGACAUACGGGUUCUUCUGAUGCCACGGUUCGCGUCUGGGAUGUUACGACUGGAGAAUGCCUCAACACGUUGAUACAUCAUUGUGAGGCUGUUCUCCAUUUGAGGUUCAAUGACGGGAUUAUGGUUACCUGCUCUAAAGACCGCUCAAUUGCGGUAUGGGACAUGGUCUCUCCACGUGAAAUCAAUCUUCGUCGAGUGCUGGUUGGACAUCGGGCAGCUGUAAACGUUGUCGAUUUUGACGAUCGGUACAUUGUUAGCGCAUCUGGAGAUCGAACAAUCAAGGUAUGGUCUGCUGAUAACCUGGAAUUUGUUAGGACUCUUUCGGGUCAUAAGCGGGGCAUUGCUUGUCUACAAUAUCGAGGACGGCUUGUCGUCUCUGGUUCUAGUGAUAAUUCCAUCAGACUGUGGGAUAUUCAUUCUGGUGUGUGUCUGCGAGUGCUUGAAGGCCAUGAGGAGUUGGUACGGUGUAUAAGAUUCGAUGACAAACGCAUUGUUUCUGGAGCAUAUGAUGGGAAAAUCCGUGUUUGGGACCUAGAGGCCGCACUUGAUCCUCGUUCAUCACCUAGUUCCUUGUGCCUUAGUACUUUGAUGCAACAUACUGGUCGUGUAUUUCGUCUUCAGUUCGACGAUUUCCAAAUUGUUAGCAGUUCUCAUGAUGACACAAUCCUUAUCUGGGAUUUUUUGGUUGAACCUAACGUGUCACCGAAUUCAUCUCCACAUACAAGUGCUCCUGAUUCAUUACUGGAACCAGUUGUUUCAUUAUCGCUACCUUUAAACUCGGUUGGGGUUGCAACUGAUGAUAGGAACAGCCCUCCCAUUAACUCACCGACGAUUAACCAACCAUACUCACUACAUGAUCCAAGCACAUCGCAUGGUGCGUUAUGCAAUCAGUACUUGGUUGAUGAUUCAGUUGGAACAGCAACUAUACAGCAGUACGAUCCGCCGGGUCCGAGUGGUUCUAGUGUAGUGAACAGAGCAGAGGUUCGGCAUCUAGAAGCGAUAUAUGUCGACUCACUGUCGUCAGAUGACGAUGAGGCCGUGCAAGCACCUACUGCUGGCACCUCGAACCAUCCGACAGGGCGCGCUCCACCAGCUAGUCCUGAACCGUGCGACAAAGGUGGAUGA